AUGCCAAGAAGUGAAUCUCCUAUUGUAGUUCCACAAAAAAAGGUUUGCUUGCAGAAGGCUGAAGUCUUGGUCCUCAGAGCCCACCUAGAAGACUGGAAGUCUGUGAAAGGUAAAGAAAGAUCGAGGGUGCUGCUUGCCAUCUACAAGGAAGCGUCCCUCCAAGCUCCCACCAAGGAAAAGGCCCUGUUGAAAGCUCGGCGAAAGAUUUACAAGCAGUGGUUGCAGAACCAGUCUCGCCGGAGAGGAGCUGCAAAGCCCCUUAUCAAGUAUGGCCGUCAUUGGACAGGCGAGGCAAGUCUUGAUUCACACACACAAAGCCUCGAUUCGACAGGAGAUGGGAGAGAUGGCUGGAAGCGAGGGGAUGAUUACCAGAUGGCUGAAGGCAGCGAAAGACAGUCAUUAAUUGCCGAGGUCACCGAGAGCAAGGGCGCCGACAUGAUCAAGCAUUUCGCAACUGAAAUGUUCAAGAAAGCCGGAAUUAGGGUCUGCAUCCUAUCAGCUUGGAAGGACAGCCAAGGCAAGCUUAUGUUGGGAGGCCACGACUUCAAUGAACAGUUCGGGGAUGGAGAGAGCUUUAUCAAGACAAGGGAUUGGGAUGGUAUCAUCAUGCCUGAAUGGGUGGAAUAUGUGGGGGAGCAAUUUGAUGGCGGGGACGACAGGGAACCCCAGAUGGUGAAAUCAAAGAAACGAGUCGCCAAGAAAUUAGUUGAACUUGACGAAGACGCUGAUAGGUGGCCAAUUCUGCCCGACACAACGGGUUGGAAACGAGCCGAACAACAGCAUAUGAUUCGGUCUUUCUUGACGAAGCUCUAUAGAAUGUGCUCUGGCGAAGAAAACCUGAAAGCAGCGGUGCCAUGGGGAGAUGUAAUCCAUGACCCAUGGGCGUUCUUUGACGGCGCCCAUUGGCUGGCCGGCAUGCAGCUCAAGGAGCCAUCCAAGAUGGAUAAAGCAGAUGCCACCACCGCCUGGAAAGAUUCCGAUGGCAAGAUGCAAGAGGCGGACUUGUGGCCACCCAGUGCUCACCGUGCCAAUGCCACAAAGCAGAGCACAGGGAAGGGUAAGGGCAAAGCCAACCCUAAAGCUAACCGCCGCUGUGUGGCGGAGGAUAACAAUUCGGAGGACGAGUUGAAUGGUGAUCUUGGAGAGGAUGGUGUUAGUCCAUCCAGUGAAGAUGAGGAAGCACCAUCCACCGGUGGAGAGCCCAAGAUUUUGCCGCCCCCAAAGGUCGCCUUGCCGACCAAGAAGAAGCGGGCUGCAGGUUCACACUGGGAUAUCAGACAAGUUGUCGCCGAGGUCGGCGGGGUUUUGAAUCCUCCGAUGAAAGGUUCUAUUCCCUCCAGACAGCCUCUCAAGUCACAGGGAAUACCAUUGAAGGUGCCGGCCACAUCAUUAGUGCCUGGAACUAGAAGCAAGGAGGUUGCAUAUACAUCAAAUGAGCCUCCCAAGAACUUAAACCGCUGUGGCACUCACGCCGUGAGUGACACGCCGGCAAAGCGAACCAGGAGUAAAACCACUGCGCCGGAAGCUUCAAGGGCUAAGCGUGGCAGGAAGUAA